AUGUUCGCCGACAUACAAAAGACUCCAACAUCAGAUGAAAAUAUUCAGCAUAGAAUGGAAGUACUGAAAGAAAAUGUACGCAAAUACAACAACCCUUUUUACUUACGAGCAUUUAACGUUCAAUCUUCGGAUGAACUCGGUGAAAAUAAAAGGUUAAAUUUCAAGAAAACAUAUAAAAAUGAAACAUUGUUUAAAGUUCAUUCAGAACCUAGCCAAGAUGGAAACAGACCUACUUUUGUUUCUGCAGACAAUGGAACUACAAUGAGAUGGGGUCAUAAAGCUAAUUCGGAUAGGUGGUUCAUAAACUUACAACCACAAUUCCAAGAAGUUGUAGACGCAAUGGAAGUGAAUGGUGAACCAGAUAUAGCUGGUAUUUUAAGCGCGGCUUUAAUGCCGUUGAAAGAUAUGAAAGAUGCAGAUAUUUUGGACCAGUAUGAAAUGAACAUGGCUGAUGGAAAUAUAACACCUGACGUUCUAGAACAUUUAUCUCAAAGAACUACACAGAACCAUAGAGAUGGUAUAUUUGGUGAAGAGUUUAGAAAGAAAGUUAGGGAGAGAGAAGGAAGAGAACCUAUUGUACAUGACCUUGCAAACGAAAGUUUGCAAAAUAUCAUAAAAACUUACUUUGCAGACAAUGAACUGAGAAGGGAUGAAUAUUUAAGAAAACUCAAAUGGACAGUACCAAAUGAAAUGUUAGUAUUGAAAAACAUGUUCCUUGACAAAAUAAAACCAACUACAGAAAUAAAUGACGAAAGACUGAAACAUUGGGUAAAAGCUUUCCCAUUCACAAAAGAUAUUGUUGGUAACAUGGAAAGAAAACCAGAAUGGCUACAAAAACAUAUAUUUGGAAACGAGCUUAUUCCAUAUGGACAAGCUCUGUUUGAAGAGCUUGAACCGGAAACUCAGGAAAGAGUCAUGCAAACAAUACGCGAAGACUCAAAUACAAACUAUGACAAAAUCUUUCUAGGAUAUAGGUUACCUGAGAUGGGCGACCAGAGCCCAAAGGCAAAAAGGACAUGGGAAAUUUACAACAUACUAGGUGAACAUGAGGCAAAGAUGCAACU